AUGAGGAAUUGUGAUGAAUGGAAACCUUUUGUAGUAAUGGUAGCAAUUGAUUUUUGUUUUGCUGCAGUGAACAUUAUUCUCAAGAAAGUUCUUGAAGAAGGAAUGAACCAUUUGGUUUUUAUUACAUACCGUUUAUCAAUUGCUACCAUUCUCUUAGCUCCAAUCGGUUACUUUAGGGAAAGAAACAGUAGGCCAAGGCUCACAUUUCGAGUUCUAUGUUACAUCUUCUUCAGUGCCAUUGUGGGGGCAUCAGUGACACAAUAUUUCUUCCUGCUGGGGAUCCAAUAUACUUCUGCUACCUUUGCUUGUGCAUUCAUCAACAUGGUGCCUGUGAUCACGUUCAUUAUGGCAUUACCAUUCGGGUUAGAGAGUGUGAACAUCAAGUGCAAGAGUGGGAGAGCCAAGAUUCUUGGGACAUUGGUGUGCAUAGGGGGUGCAUUGUUGUUGACACUCUAUAAAGGAAAGCCCUUGUUUAACUAUUCUUCUGCAACUUCUAUAGCAAAGACAGGAACAAGUAGUAGUAGUAGUAGUGGAAGAUGGACCAUUGGUGUUGUGGCUUUGAUUCUUGGAACAUUGUUUUGGUCAUCUUGGUAUAUAGUACAAUCAAGCAUAAGCAAGAGGUUCCCAUGUAAAUACUCAAGCACAGCCAUGAUGACCUUCUUUGGAGCCAUUCAAGCAGCUUUCAUAAGCUUGUCUAUUCAACACCAUGAUUUCUCCAUUUGGGUUCUCAAGGGAAAGCUUCCAAUAAUUGCUGUUCUCUUCUCUGGGAUGAUUGGAUCAGGAUUGUGUUUUGUGGGAAUGUCAUGGUGUGUGAAGAAGAGGGGUCCAGUGUUCACCGCAGCAUUCAGCCCUCUUGUUCAGAUCAUGGCUGCCAUGAUUGAUAUCCCUAUCUUGCAUGAGCAACUACAUCUUGGAAGUGUGUUGGGAUCAAUGUUGGUGAUGAUGGGAUUAUACAUUCUUCUGUGGGGUAAGAGCAUGGAGAUUCAGAAUCGUGUUAUCAAGUUAGUCCAAGACUCUGAACAAAGUCAACAAACCAAGGAACAAGAUCCGGAAAUACAAGAAGCUACGGUUUCUUGUGAUUACCGGUGUCACUAA